AUGUAAUCUAGAGCAGCAAUGGCGGAAGAAAGGAGAAAUUCGAUGCAAGAUCCCAGCGGAGCCGAAACAAAAAAGGCGGCAGACAAUCUUACUGUGGAUAAAUACAAUGUUGAAGCUGCCGAGAUUUUGGCAAACGAAACACUGCAUUUGCCCAUCUCUGAGGCUGCCCCUAUAUACGAACAACUCUUGUCAACGUUUCCAACAGCUGCCAAAUUCUGGAAGCAGUAUGUGGAGGCACACAUGUUGGUAAAUAAUGAUGAUGCAGUAAAACAGAUCUUCAGUCGUUGUUUGUUGAACUGUCUUCAAAUUCCUCUUUGGCGGUGCUACAUUCGUUUCAUCAGGAAAGUAAAUGAAAAGAAAGGUGCAGAGAAUCAGGAAGAGACUAGGAAAGCUUUUGAUUUUAUGCUAAGCUAUGUUGGUACUGAUAUUGCAUCUGGGCCUGUAUGGAUGGAGUACAUCACCUUUUUGAAGUCAUUGCCGGCUAUGACAGUCCAAGAGGAGUCGCAACGAAUGACUGCAGUGCGGAAGGCAUACCAAAAAGCUAUUGUUACUCCUACCCAUCAUGUGGAACAACUUUGGAAGGACUACGAAAAUUUUGAAAACUCUGUUAGCCGUGCACUGGCUAAAGGGCUAUUGUCUGAAUAUCAACCAAAGUAUAACAGUGCGAAGGCUGUAUAUAGAGAGCGAAAGAAAUAUAUUGAAGAAAUAGAUUGGAAUAUGCUUGCUGUACCGCCGACUGGAUCCUACAAGGAAGAGCAACAAUGGAUGGUGUGGAAAAGGAUGUUAGCCUUUGAAAAAGGGAAUCCCCAAAGGAUAGACAGUGCAUCCUCCAAUAGACGGAUUGCCUUUACUUAUGAGCAGUGUCUUAUGUAUUUAUAUCAUUAUCCUGAUAUAUGGUAUGACUAUGCUACAUGGCAUGCAAAAAGUAGUUCUAUAGAUUCUGCGAUCAAAGUGUUUCAGCGGGCUUUGAAGGCUCUUCCUGAUUCUGAGGUGCUAAGGUUUGCUUUUGCGGAGCUGGAAGAGUCUCAUGGAGCAAUUCAGCCUGCAAAGAAAAUAUAUGAGAACCUCUUGAGUAAUGCUGUCAAUGCAACAGCAUUGGCACACAUACAAUUUAUUCGCUUUCUAAGAAGAACUGAAGGAGUUGAAGCAGCUCGCAAGUACUUCUUAGAUGCCCGCAAAUCUCCAAACUGCACAUAUCAUGUCUAUGUUGCUUAUGCAAUGAUGGCAUUUUGUCUUGACAAGGAUUCAAAGGUUGCACACAAUGUUUUCGAAGCAGGACUGAAGAGAUUUAUGCAUGAACCUGGCUACAUUCUUGAAUAUGCAGAUUUCUUGUGCCGCUUAAAUGAUGAUAGAAAUAUCCGUGCCUUAUUUGAGCGAGCUUUGAGCUCACUUCCACCAGAAGAAUCUGUAGAGGUUUGGAAGAGGUUUGCCCUAUUUGAGCAAACAUACGGAGAUCUGGCUAGCAUGUUAAAGGUAGAGCAAAGGAGGAAGGAGGCUCUUUCUAGAACAGGUGAAGACGGAUCAUCAACAUUAGAGGGCUCCUUGCAUGAUGUUGUUUCACGGUAUAGUUUCAUGGAUCUCUGGCCAUGUUCAUCUAAGGAUUUGGAUCAUUUGGCAAGACAAGAGUGGCUUGCCAAAACCAUCAAUAAAAAGGUUGACAAGUCAACUCUAACUAAUGGAACCGGUUCUAUAGGUGGAGAGAAGGUUUCUGCUGGACUGGCAACUAAUUUAAAAUCAUCUGCUCCAUCUUCAAAGGUUAUUUACCCCGAUACUUCUCGAAUGGUGAUCUAUGAUCCAAGACAAAAGCCUGGCACUGGAUUUGUUCCUAAUGUGACAGCACCAGGACUUCCAUCUAUUUCUAGCUCGAUUACAUCUGCUCCAGGUGUUGACUUAGUUGGUGGUACAUCAAAGUCACUUGAAGAAAUUCUGAAAGUAAUCCCGCCGGCAUUGGUAACAUUUAUAGCACAAUUGCCUGCUUCUGAGGGGCCCUCGCCGGAUGUGGAUAUUGUAUUAUCAAUUUUGUUGCAGAGUAACUUGCCAACAGGACAAACUGGGAAAUCAGCAACUUCAUCACAAUUGCCAGCCGCUUCUGUCCCUAGCACAAGUGACCUUUCUGGCUCAAAUAAAUCGCGUCCCAAUCCAAGUAGUUCAUCGUUCAAACCAACCAGGGAUGUUCAAUCUGGAAAAAGAAAAGAUCUUGAUAGGCAAGAAGAUGAUGAAACUGCUACAGUACAAAGCAGACCACUUCCAAGAGAUGUUUUUAGGAUUCGACAGAUGCAGAAAGCUCGAGGAGUUACCAGUUCACAAACUGGGUCAGCAUCCUAUGGCAGUGCAUUUUCAGGAGAGCUUUCUGGCAGUACAGAAUGAUGUAUCAAAUAUUCUGUGUUGCAUUUUGAUAGUCUUUUUUAACUUUGGUUCUUAUUUUGGUCCUCUAUUUGUUAGCAGAUGCUUCUAAGCUUAUUUUCCAGUGAAAUUGAUUGUAA